CACACACAAAAUGUAUUCCUCCAAACAAAAAAUGGCUUUGAUGAAUAGUGAGAUGAUGUUUCUCUUUGUAGUUCUUAUAAUAAGUUUGAGCAUAUCAUGCUAUGAAGUUGGUGCCCGGAACAUCAAUGGUACUCCUACAAAAUCACAGGAAACAAUGGAUAGUGACUUUGAGUGUGUUGGUAUAUACAAACAACCUUCUCUUAAACAUCCUUUACUAAAAAAUCACAAAAUUCAGCAUAGGCCAAGUUUCGCAAGAGACAUAGUUAUGGACCGUUUUAAAAUUAGAAGAUGUCCACUGGGAAGUGUGCCUAUUCACAGGAGAAAAGUAAGGCAACAAAUAAACAUUACUUCAAAAUCACAACUUCAACAUUUUCAUCAAUAUUCCCAAAGUAAUCCUGGUCAUCACUUUGCUACCUUGGAUACAACUCAAGCUACGACAUAUCAUGGAGCAAGUGCAAAGAUAACUAUAUAUAAUCUAACGUUACAACAGAACCAAUAUAGCAUGUCCCAAAUUUGGCUUCAAAACGGUCCUCCUUCAGAACUCAAUGUUAUUAAAGUUGGAUCUGGUGUUGAUCCAGGCUACUAUGGAGACACGCAAACAAGAAUUACUGGCUUCUGGACAGUGGAUAAUUUUCAAAAGACAGGUUGCAUAAAUUAUAAUGCACAUUGCUCAGGUUUUGUGCAAGUCGAUCCAAAUGUUUUCCUUGGAGCAGCCAUCUCGCCAACAUCUGUAAUUGGAUCACGAUCCCAACAAUUCUUUUCUCCUUUUCUUGUCAAACAGGAUCAAAAUACUGGGCAUUGGUGGUUAAGUGCACAUGAUAAUAAAUCAGGGUAUCUAAACAUUGGAUAUUGGCCAAAGGAAAUAUUAACUCAUUUGAACCAAGGUGCUUCUUUGGUUAGAUUUGGUGGUGAAACUUUUACUCCUCCUAAUAAUAUGAAUAGUCCUCCAAUGGGUAGUGGAAUGUUGCCACAAACUCAUUUUGGUAGCUCAGCUUACAUGUCAAAUCUUGAAUUAUUUGACUCAAAUUACAAUUCAAUUAGUGUUGAACCUGAAUUCGUGACCAAAAAUGUUGACACCAACUCCAAUUGCUAUGAUUUGUUGUACAAUGGGGACCAAGGGAGUGUGUUUCAGCAAGCAUUUCUCUUUGGUGGGCCAGGAGGUCAAUGUGGUGUAUGAUUCUUUUAGAGCUACUUUUAUCCUAUGUUUCUAAAAUUUUAUAAUUAUGUUUCGAAAUUAUAUUCUUCUA